AUGUUACGUUCGAUAGCAAUUUCGGUAGUUAUCAUUGCAGUGGUGUUAAAUAUCUGCUCAUGUCAAGCACCUGAUGCUACGAACCAGAAUGGAGCUAAUCCAAAUCCACCACCAGCACCUGCUAAUAAUGGUGCUGGAACAAACGCUAAUAAUCCGGCACAACCUACGCAACCAGGAAAGCAGUCGCCUCCAAAAAUUGACGACCAAACGGAUGAAAUUUUCACCGAAACGACAACCGUGUUCAACGGAAUAAAAGAUUUACUCGUCACCGUGGGCAAUGACUUCCAGGCUAGUUUGGCUCAAUCGUUGAAGAACAUUUCUGCCAAAGUAUCACCCAAAACUGGCACCGUACAGCUGUUGGCGGAAGUGAACAACACGAGACUGAAUGAUCAAAUAACAGCCACCAUCAAACGGUUAACUACCUCUGUAAUACCAAUCACCGUCAAAUCCUUGAACAAUACCAUAGAAAAGUUCGUGAAAGUUGAACAGGUCGGUUUAUCGAAGCUUAAGUUAUCUUCCGAAGCUGGCAAGGCCGGUUUGAGUCUGCAACAAAUUGAGAAUGCUUUCUAUGCUAACUUGAGCGAUUGCCUAAAGAGUUUCAAAGCGACUCUUCAAUCGGAUGUGAUGACAGCGCACAACAUUCUGUUGACAUACUUCGUCGAUUUGGACGACGCUGCCGAUUCAUUCGAGAAAGUCACGUGUUCGGCUAACACUUGUAAUAGAAUUACGACCAGUAUGAAAAAUAAGGCCGCGAAUUGGAGAAAUUUGUUCAAUGUUGCCACCAACAGUAUUGGUAACAUCAACGAACUGGUCCGUUGUUCCGAGACACAGUUUAUCACGGGAAACAACCUGUUGAAUCAGGUCUUGCGAACGAUCAGUCCUCAGCCUGAUAUUCGAGCCAUUGUAACAGGUGACAGCUCAGCCAAGGUAAGAGUACCUGUCACGAAUGCGUUGACAAGUUUUACACAAAACGUACAAAAACUGGCCGCGCCAGUCCUGGAUGCUCUCAGCCUCAUGGGUACAUUUGUGAGCCUGCAGCCUGCCAAUAAUCCGAAAACAAUCCUCCAGAACGCCGUUGACGCAAUCAAUAAAUUUGAGAAUGGCUUAGUUUCUUCACUUGAGUCAUUUGUCACUACAACGAUUGCCUCGGCUACAAAAUCAUUGGCAACCCUAUGGAAUACAGAAACUCUUCUUAUUAGGAGAAUUAGCGCUGCCAUUGAUAAAGACGUCGACCAGAACGGACUCUGUGACACGGCGGUCGACAGUUUGGAAACGACUAAACGAACCUUUAAUACAUCGGUUUUAGAAUGCUACAGUACUGCGGUAUCCAACUUGAAUGGUUUGCUUACAACAGCUACUUCAACCGUAGGAACCACUUGGUCUUCACUGAAAACCCUUAUUGCCAAGGUCGACGAUUUCGAUUGUGAAAAAGGGUGUACCGCAGAACAGAGGAAUACGUUUGUUGAACAGCUGAAGAAAGACGUCACUACUGCACUGGCACCGUUGACACCUAGCGAUCUGAAGCCGACUAAAAAUGCCUUCGAUACGUGCUUCGCCAAGGCAAUCGAACAAGCCACCAAAGGUCUGGACCAGAAGGCCAAUGCGAAUAUUAAAGCCUGUCUGGAUGGAUAA